AUGGCUGCAGAAGACAAAUUUGAAGGCUUUUGGAGUUCAGGCCCGAAGACAGCUCAGGCCACUCUUCUUCUCCUUUUAACUUCCUCCCUCAAGUCGUGUUCCAUGCUUGUGAAACGUCUAAGAUACGCUGAGGAAGAGGAGGUCGAAGCUGAGGCCGAAGACAGCGGAGCCGGAAAGGGACAAAAAUUCAAAGGUGCCGAUGGCGAAGAGGUGACCGAAGCUGAGGCAGCCAUGCUGGCUGCGAAGAAACGUCAGGAUGAAGAGCAGCAAAAACUGCUACAGGAAUAUGAUGAAAAUCGUCGGCUAGAAAGAGAAAAAGAGGAAGAAGAGUUAAGGAAGCUAAAAGAGAAACAGGAAAAGCGAAAACAAGAACGCGAAGAACAGGAGAAAGCUGAAGCUGAGCGCAGAAAGCAACAAGAGGAACAGCGUCUUAAGGAGGAGGAAGAAAGAAAGGCGAAGCAGGAAGAGGAGAGGCGAAAGAGAGAGGAAGAAAAGCUGAAAAAGCAACAAAUGGCCGCUCAAAUGUUUAUGGUUCCUGGUGGCGGAAGAAACUUCACCAUCCCGAAAAAGAGUCAGAAAGAUGAUAAGUUCGGCAACAUUGUACAAGCGAAACAGGAAAUGGGCAUGACCAAAGAACAGCAAGAAGAAGCGAGAAGGAAUUUCAUCGCCUCUGUGGAGAACGGUAUCCCGAACUCCUCUGAUGUCGCGGCCGAUGAUCUCAAGGCAAAAAUCAAAGAACUGCAUCAAAGGAUUUGUAAACUUGAAGCGGAUAAAUACGACAUGGAGAAGCGUCAUGAACGUCAAGAGUACGAUCUGAAAGAGCUAAAUGAACGGCAACGACAAGUAGCUCGCAAUAAGGCUUUGAAGAAAGGACUCGACCCAGCUGAUGCCGGUUCUUCAAAAUAUCCGCCAAAAGUUCAAGUCGCCUCAAAAUACGACCGACAGAUCGAUCGUCGUAAUUUCGCCGAACGUCGCAGUAUGUACGAUAAUAAAAACGCCUACCCUUGCUUCCCAGGCGUGCCACCACCACCGGCUAUUUAUGAAAAGGUGAUCUUGAAACUUGAUGGAGAAAAGGAAGAUGAGAUGAUCUUUUUAUUGAAAUAUCCAGGAAUAUUUGCGAAUAAUUCUUCUCAUAUAAUAAGUCAUUUUAGGAAAAUGAGGAAUAACCAGCUCGCUUGCGAAGAACUCCUUCAGAUGGCUCAAAUCGCGGCAUUUAUCUGCCAGCACAGUUUUGUAUGGCAAAUUGCGUGUUCCUUGACUUGA